CGCCGGAAGCCGGAAGUGUUUACAACAGGAAGCUAGGCUAACAGGCUAACUAAGCAACUUGACUGAGCAGAGUGUUUAAAGUUCAGCAGAACAGCAGCGCGUGGAGUCUCUGAGUUUGUGUCCGCGGGAUCUUCUCAGGAGUCAGGAUGAGUCUGCAGUGGACGGCGGUGGCCACCUUCCUGUACGCUGAGGUCUUCCUCGUUCUGCUGCUCUGCAUCCCCUUCAUCUCACCUAAGAGGUGUGUAGACGCUUUCCGUGAGGUGAGGAAGUACAGCGUGACUGAGAAGGUGGAUCUGACCAACAACCCAACGGCCAUCGAACACAUCCACAUGAAACUGUUCAGAGCUCAGAGGAACGAGUACAUCGCCGGCUUCGCCCUGCUGCUCUGCCUGUUGCUGCGUCGCCUCGCCACUCUGCUCUCCCAGCAGGCCUCGCUCAUGGCCUCCAAUGAGGCCUUCAAGAAGCAGGCGGAGGGCGCCAGCACCGCCGCCAAGAAAUACAUGGAGGACAACGAGCUACUGCAAGAGAAACUGCGUGACGCUGGUAUCGAGGUGCCGGAGGCCGGAAAGAAGGGACCAGGACCACAAGAGGAGAACAAGGCUCUGAAGGAGGAGAUGAAGACCCUGAAGGAGGAGCUGGACACCACCAAGAAAGCUCUGCACAAGUCGGACAGUGACGUUCGUGCGAUGAAGAAACAGGCCGAGAAUCUGACGGUGGAGUACGACAGACUGCUGGACGAACACAGCAAACUGCUGGCAACCAGUGACAAGAAAUCAGACUGAGGACGACAAGGACGACUUCCUGCUCCUCCCAUCUCCAUCCUCAUCAUCGUCGCAGUCCUUAAUAAGCAGCUCUUGCAUCAGUGACGUGAUGUCACUUCCUUUUGUUUGGAUUAAAUGACGUCGCCGAGCUGCGAUUGGUUUAUUUCAUGUGGUUUAAAAAAAUAUCUCAUCUGCCUGUCGGAGCUUCAAGAGAAAGAUCGCCGGCUGUGUGUGAAUGUUUGUGUGUAACUGACGAGGUUUUUUUUGUUGUUUAUUUGGAGCUGAUUUACUGAGAAACAUCAAAUCUGAUCUGAUCAUUCCCCGUUUCCUGCGAAACAUCCUGAACUCCAACACGUUUCUGGACAUGGAAACACACGAGCUUUAUUCCAAACUCUGAGGUCCAGUGUUUUAUAAAACACCUGAAAUACAAAAGUUGCACACUGUUGAUUCCUGUCGGGUUAAAACGUCUCCAAACAUUCGUUUCUCUGACAUCACAGAGUGAAUUUAAAGUUUUAAAUUGAUCCAAAAUGAAUUCCCUCCAGUGAUGAAUGAAAACAAACUGACAGUCUGCAGAGUGACGGUUUGAUGAUCACUUUGUACGAACCAAACUAAAGAUCUGUCUCCUCCUGAUUUAAAACCAUGUUUCAUGAUUUAUUAUUUUAUGAAGCAUCCACAGACUAAUGUUCUCCUCACGUACAGUAAAAUAAAAGAUUAAAAACUGUUCAGACUUUAGUUCGGCUCGUACACAGUGAUCCUUCUCUGUCGUAAUCAACACGGUUCAUUAGAUUUACUUUAGGUUGUGUUUCAGUUUGUUUUUUGUGUUAAAGGUUUAAUGUCUCGACGUUUUCAGAUGAAGAUUUUUCUCUUUUGAAAACUAGUUUGUGUUUCAGUCGGCUUCAAACAUCUGAAACUGUCAUCGUCUAAAGAUGUGGAGGUUUCAGCAGAAUGAGGUGUGAAAUGUUUAAGACAGAGUGAAUAUCUGCGUUCACUCUGACAGGUGUGUUCGGUGUGUGUCUGUGUGUGUUAUUUGUUUGAUGGAAUUGGUGAGUCUGAACAGACGUGCAGCUGUGAUGAGUUAAAUCAUGUUCACCUGUUUUAUUCUUCACAACUGUAAAAACUGUUUCUGUUCUGUGCAGCAUCUUCUUUCAUGAGGAACUUUUCAAACAGGAACUAAAUCAUGUUUGCUGUCACAGCUGAGCUGAUCAGGAUCCAUCCAUCGGUUCAGUUAGAGAUUUUUGUACCUGAAUCUAAAUUGGGGAAGAUUUUGGAGAAGAUAACGCUGCAUGUGAGCAACUCAAGAGCUUUAAAGAGUUUCAGAGUUGUCUGUCUGCAAACAGAUCUUUACUCAUCAUGUUUGCAGACAGACGGACGGACGGACAGCUCAGCUUCACUCAGACACUCAUGCGUCAUUUCAUGUAGCUGUACGGACCUGUGAGAGCCGUCAGUCUCUGAACCCGACCACCUGACCUGUUCUCUCAUCUGUAAUAAGUCCAUGUUUAACUUUAAAUCUUGUCCAGAUUUCAGGUUUACUUACUGUGUUGUUGAAAUAUCUCUCAACUGUGUGUUCCUGUCACAGCUGCACGUCUGUUCAAACUGCCUGAUGUAGCUGUGGCUCAUGUAGGGUUGAGUCCACUCAGCUCUCACUCCACGUCAGUUUACAUCUGUUUUUAUUUUUUAGUUUACGUAUAAUUUCUCAGUUCUGUCACAUUCCCUUCCUGCAUGAUGAAACUUUAAGGCACAAAUUAUUUUGGUGAUUUUGAACUUUUCUGUGUCAUUGUGUUGUUGAUGCUGAACAUGCAGAUUUGUCAUGUGAUCACCGCCUCGUGUCUCAGACGUCUGUCAGAAACAGUGUGCUGAUGCUCACACAGAUUCAUAAUGAAACAUACAUGUAAAGCUGAAACGUGGCUGCAGGCAGAUUUUCUGAAGCUUCUGUGCUUCGUCAGCGUCGUUCAUGUUUCUGUUUAAACGACUGUGACGACACAAAAAGAGACGUCGUUUUCUUUCGUUUCAUUUUCAGUGUGUGUUAUUUUUGAAUAUGGUGAACUUGUGUUGACAGUUGUGUCAAACUGUAGAGGGCGCUGUUCAGAGGGAUCAUGUCUGAGGUGAACUGUAUUUGGACUCGUGCUGAAAUAAACCACCAAAGGAGCCUCACAGAGUCGACAGGUA